GGAGGCCAGAGCUUCGAGCGAUCCGGGCUGCGCCUCCGCUGAGGGGCCGGCGGUAUGGGCCGGGAUCUGCGGGGCUGAGGGACGCUCAGGAGCGGCGAGGCUCACGGCCCGAAGGAGGACCCAAUAGAAGGAACAUGACAUCUAGAGGCAGCAGACUUGUUUCAGAUUCAUGCCUUAUCAUUUCUUAAUUUUAUGUAUUGGGAGCAUCUCUGCAAGAUGUCAGCACUAAGGAUUUGGCUAAUGCAAGCUUUGCUUCUUUUCCUCACCACUGAAUCUAUAGGUCAACUUGUGGAACCGUGCGGUUACAUCUACCCUGAGUUUCCAGUUGUCCAGCGUGGCUCUAACUUCACUGCCAUCUGUGUGCUAAAGGAGAAGUGUCUGGAGCAGUACUACGUGAAUGCCAAUUACAUCGUGUGGAAGACAAACCAUGUUGCUGUUCCCAAGGAGCAGGUCACUGUCAUCAACAGAACCACGUCCAGUGUCACGUUCACAGACGUGACCCUCCAGAACGUCCAGCUCACCUGCAAUAUCCUGUCCUUUGGGCAGAUCGAGCAGAAUGUAUAUGGAACCACCAUACUUUCAGGCUUUCCUCCAGAUAUACCUACAAAUUUGAGUUGCAUUGUGAAUGAGGGGAAGAACAUGCAGUGUCACUGGGACCCAGGAAGGGAGACAUAUCUAGAAACAAACUACACUUUGAAAUCAGAGUGGGCAACGGAGAAGUUUCCUGAUUGUCAAACACAACGAGGCACCUCAUGCGUGGUCAGCUACACUCCCAUCUAUUUUGUCAACAUCGAAGUCUGGGUGGAAGCAGAGAACGCCCUUGGAAAGGUCUCCUCGGAGUCCAUCAAUUUCGACCCUGUGGAUAAAGUGAAACCCAGCCCACCACAUAAUUUAUCAGUGACCAACUCAGAAGAAUUAUCCAGUAUAUUAAAGCUAACAUGGGUCAGUUCAGGUUUGGGCGGUAUUUUAAGGCUGAAGUCUGACAUCCAAUAUAGGACCAAAGAUGCCUCAACUUGGAUUCAGGUCCCUCUUGAAGAUACAGUGUCUCCCCGAACUUCGUUCACAGUGCAGGACCUUAAGCCUUUCACAGAAUAUGUGUUUAGGAUCCGGUCCAUUAAGGAGAAUGGGCGAGGCUACUGGAGUGACUGGAGUGAGGAGGCAAGUGGAACCACGUACGAGGACAGACCAUCCAAACCACCAAGUUUCUGGUAUAAGAUAAAUCCAUCCCAUACACAGGAAUAUAGAUCUGCACGGCUCAUAUGGAAGGCGUUACCUCUUUCUGAUGCCAAUGGGAAAAUCUUGGAUUAUGAAGUGAUUCUUACACAGUCAAAGUCAAUCUCUCAAACGUACACAGUUAAUAGUACAGAGCUGAUAGUAAAUCUCACCAAUAACCGCUAUGUAGCAUCUCUGGCAGCAAGAAAUUCGGUCGGCAAAUCAGCUGCAACUGUCCUCACCAUCCCCAGCUCCCACUUCAGAGCUUCUCACCCUGUGGUGGAUCUUAAAGCUUUUCCAAAAGAUAAUCUGCUCUGGGUGGAGUGGAUGCCGCCGUCUAAAUCUGUGCACAAGUACAUCAUAGAGUGGUGUGUGUUGUCCGAGAACUCACCCUGUAUCCCAGACUGGCAGCAAGAGGAUGCCACUGUGAAUCGGACCCACUUGAGAGGAAGCCUACUGGAGAGCAAGUGCUAUCUAAUCACAGUGACCCCAGUAUUUACCACUGGGCCCGGCAGCCCUGAGUCUAUGAAGGCAUACCUCAAACAAGCAGCUCCUUCUAGAGGACCGACUGUUCGGACAAAAAAAGUGGGGAAAAAUGAAGCUGUCCUAGAGUGGGACCAACUUCCUGUGGAUGUCCAGAACGGAUUUAUUAGAAACUACUCCAUAUCUUAUAGAACCAGUGUUGGAAAGGAAAUGGUUGUGCAUGUGGAUUCUUCUCACACAGAAUACACGCUGUCCUCUUUGAGUAGUGAUACACUGUACAUGGUCCGAAUGGCAGCGUACACGGAUGAAGGAGGGAAAGAUGGGCCGGAAUUCACUUUCACAACACCGAAGUUCGCUCAAGGAGAAAUAGAAGCCAUAGUCGUGCCUGUGUGCUUAGCGUUCCUCCUGACAACUCUGCUGGGAGUCUUGUUCUGCUUCAAUAAACGAGACCUAAUUAAAAAACACAUCUGGCCUAAUGUUCCAGAUCCUUCAAAGAGCCAUAUUGCCCAGUGGUCCCCUCACACCCCCCCAAGGCACAAUUUCAACUCCAAAGAUCAAAUGUACUCAGAUGGCAAUUUCACUGAUGUCAGCGUGGUGGAAAUAGAAGCAAACAAUAAAAAGCCUUGUCCAGAUGACCUGAAGUCCUUGGACCUGUUCAAGAAGGAGAAGAUGAGUACAGAAGGGCACAGCAGUGGCAUCGGGGGUUCCUCAUGCAUGUCCUCCUCCAGGCCCAGCAUCUCCAGCAAUGAGGAGAACGAGUCUGCUCAGAGCACCGCGAGCACCGUGCAGUACUCCACAGUGGUGCACAGCGGCUACAGGCACCAGGUCCCGUCCGUGCAAGUAUUCUCAAGGUCCGAGUCCACCCAGCCCCUGCUAGACUCCGAGGAGCGGCCAGAAGACCUGCAGCUGGUUGAUAACGUGGACAGCGGGGAUGAGAUCUUGCCCAGGCAACAGUAUUUCAAACAGAACUGCAGUCAGCCUGAAGCCAGUCCAGAUAUUUCACAUUUUGAAAGGUCAAACCAGGUUUCAUCGGGCAGCGAGGAGGAUUUUGUCAGACUGAAACAGCAGCAGGUUUCAGAUCACACUUUGCAGCCCUAUGGGUCUGAGCAGCGGAGGCUGUUUCAGGAAGGCUCUGCGGCAGAUGCUCUUGGCACAGGGACUGAUGGACAGAUGGAGAGGUUUGAGUCUGUCGGAAUGGAGACAGCGAUCGAUGAAGAAAUUCCCAAGAGUUACUUGCCGCAGACUGUAAGACAAGGCGGCUACAUGCCGCAGUGAAGGACGGGCUCCUGUACGGCUUCCGCAGGACCGGCAAAGUAAAGCUAAAACACAUGUGACUUCAGAUGAGAACUAGUCUUCACUCCCUGAAGAUAAUCAUUGCCUUUAAGGACAGAGUCACAACUGGGCCAUCUCUGUUUCCAGAGUGACCGGGAUUCUCCUUCAAGCACUACAUGAACUGACUUUUUCCUCUGAGUAGCUGGAGGACUCGGCUGUUUCAGGAUGUAUGCACUGCCGAAAACAAAGUGUGUCUGAGUUUAUAAAACUUCUGUUUUGCUACACAGAAAACAGGGGAUUUCAAUGAGCCAUGGCGUCGGUCAGCUGUGCUGGUUUCGGUGAGACUGGUCAGCCAGAUGCCAGGAGCAAAGGUCUAAACCCUCCUCAGCCCACAGCAUCAUUUAAAAGGGCCACGGGGCAGACUCCAGAUUGUGUCAUCUAGCAAAAGAAAGGGUGGAGUGUGGUCCAUUUCUGGUUCCAUCAGUUAGAGAAUAUUGGCCUGCUCCUUGCUGUUGGUAUCGAUGCUGCCAGUUUUUACUGAAGAAAAGGAUGAACUUUAAAGAUAAGUAACAUAGAAGUACCCAUUUUCUUAUAUUCACCUAAAACCUCACCAAAAUCUGCUUAUUAGUGACAAUGUCUUUCAGAGUCAAUUUCAUCAACCUUAUAGUGGACCGGGCUGGCCUCAAACUCAUGGAGGUCUGUCUGCCUCUGCCUCCGGAGUACUGGGAUUAAAGGCAAUCCACAACUGCUCAACUUAAAAAAUUUCUGUUUUUAAAGACUUAAGUUGUUGACAUGUUUCUGAACACAUAUAAACACACUAGGGACAGAUGAUUCCAGAUGUUGGUUGAGGAAGCACUUUAUUCAGAAUGUCUUCAACUUUAAAUUACUUUAAUUGACUCCACCUUGUUUUUAUUUACAAGAAUAGCAAGGUGUUUGCUGAAGGGUGGCAUUCCCCAGAGCCUCAGGCAGAGUCCCAGAACAUACACACCGAUGUCAGCAACCACCACAGUGACAGAAGUCCUCCUACAGGGCUGGCAAAGCCAUAAGGGUUUUGUUAGUUUGCUGGGCGGGGAUUGAACCCACAGCCUUGUACAUGCUAGACACUUACUCUACCACUGAGCUGAUCAUUUACACAUCUCAUUAUGUUGUCUAGGCUCAAGUGAUCCUCCUGUCCCAGCUUCCUGAGUGUCUGGGAUUUCGGGUGUGUGCUGCCACACACCCAACCAGGUAUUUUUAAUAUCUGCCAUUUAUGAGGUAGAGUUUUACACACGAUUUAGGACUAUCUUAAACCUGUUCCAUCCAGUUGCUUUAUUAAGGAGUAGUCCAGGCAUCCAGUGUUUAACACUAAAGCCAUUAAUGUAUUUGUGCCUAACUUUCCAGUGUGACAUGGAGGCAAGGACUAAAGGUAGACACUGGGUGGACAGGAAUUGGCUGAGUGCCAUUAGUGGCUGAUUACCUCCAAGUGUGCCCACAGGAAAAGGAUUAAAGUUUCAGAACAUGGGCACUUAAAUCAUUUAUAACGGUUUCCACACAGUGGCUGAGGAGGAGUUGCUAUGCACUUCGUUGGAUGCAGUUUUACCUUUUACUCUCAGAAGGCUGUUUAUGUUCUACUUGCUGAUGUGUUAUCAUUUAUAUUUUUAUACUGGGUAAUCCUUUCUGAGUUCUGUCACGUGUAUGCCCCCCCCCCCCCCCAUGAGACAGUACAUGCUUCGCUCUGGUAUAUUCAGUUGCCUUCUUGGCAAAGCCAGCCUGGAAUUGCUAAAAUGGCGGAAGUGAAGGUAGAUUGAAGGACAGGUCCGGGUCAGAGAGACCAGAAUUCACACUACAGGGCUGGCACCGUCACCAUUCAAGUUGGACGUCAAAGCCUGGUCCCAGUCAGGACUGAGUUUCCUAUGUAUAUGUCUGCCAGGAAAUUAACCCUCGCUAAAUUUCUCAUUUUCUCACAGUAAGCAGUCUAGUUAUGUGACUGUAUUCAUGUUUAGCUGUAACUUUCCUUAUAUCAAAUAGUGGUGCUGUGAACAUUGUAGUGUGAAGUCUGUACUGGGCUGGGAUAGUAACCCAGUGUGAGUUCAGGAGUGAACAUCAAGAUCACUGAAGGAAGAACCCCAUGGGGGCAAGUCUGCAUGUUCAAUCCCAUACAGGAAGUGUUCCAGUGAGCCAGGACCUCUGCCAGCAGAGAGCGUGUGUGCUCACAGCAUGAACACUCAUUCAGGAGAUGUAUAAUGGAGCACCUUUCUUUGCUCUGAGAGAGAAAAGCAGUUGUUUUGUUUUUGUUUUUUGUUUUUUGUUCUUCGAGACAGGGUUUCUCUGUGUAGCCCUGGCUGUCCUGGAACUCACUCUGUAGACCAGGCUGGCC